AAUUUUUGCACUUUCAGUGGGCAUGUGGAGCUUCACAAAUACAGAUACCUUUAUUUUAUGGUUGUUUUUACCGUAUAUAUUCUAAUAAUGUGCAGUAAUUCUACUAUUGUGUACCUGAUCUGGAACCACAGUGAUCUCCAUGAGCCUAUGUACAUUUUCAUUGCAGCCUUGUUACUGAACUCUGUUCUUUUCAGCACUAAUAUUUACCCAAAGCUGUUGAUCGACUUUUUAUCUGAAAAACAGAUCAUAUCUUAUCGAGCCUGUCUUGUUCAGUUUUACAUGUUUUAUGUUUUUGCUUAUUCAGAGUUCUUACUGUUGGCAGCCAUGGCCUAUGAUAGAUAUGUGUCUAUAUGUAAACCUCUGCAAUAUUCUACUAUCAUGAGAAAAAAAACUGUUGUUAUCUUUCUGGCUUUAUCAUGGCUGUUACUGGCAUGUUAUCGUGUGGGAUCAGUAACUCUGACCGCUAAUCAAAAGUUCUGUAGCUUUACUCUUGAAAUGAUUUUUUGCAAUAACUCAAUUUUCAAACUUUUUUGUGUGCCCUCAAGUGCAGUGUCUUUAUAUGGUGUGUUGUAUUUCCUAUGGUGUGUUAUUUUUCCUCUGUUGUUCAUACUUUUCACAUACAACAGGAUAUUUAUAAUAUGUUACCACAACAGUGGAGAAGUCAGGAGCAAAGCUGCACAGACCUGUUUUCCUCACCUGCUGGUGUUAAUCAACUAUUUCUAUUUGUUAGUAUGUGGUCUUAUUACAGCUCGAAUCGAAUCUGAUAUUUCAAACACUGCACGUAUAGUAAUGAAUUUACAAAUCAUUUUGUAUAAUCCUCUUUUUAACCCAGUUAUAUAUGGACUAAAAAUGAAAGAAAUUCAUAAACACCUCAGCAGGUUAUUACGUCUAUGUAAAAUGAACUGA